CCUACUGUAACUUGUCUCCCUGUUUCACUCAUUCUCUGAACUUGGAACUAAGAGCACACAGUAAGUUUUGCUCUUGCAACUUUACCAGGAAACCCUGUUAAUCCAGUAUACCGCAGGCCAGUGAUAAAUAGGGCAGUUUACGUUCACCGUACCAGGUCCGCGCCACUACAUCGCGGGCACAAUGGCUGAACGCUUUGAUUGCCACUACUGCAGAGCCCCGCUACAAGGGAAAAAAUAUAUCGAGAAGGAUGGACAUAACACCUGUGUGAAAUGUUUCGACAAAAUCUGUGCCAACACCUGUGCCGAGUGCAGGAAACCUAUCGGAGCAGAUUCCAAGGAGCUGCAUUAUAAGAGCCGAUACUGGCACGAUACCUGCUUCCGCUGUGCUAAAUGCUAUCACCCUCUGGCCAAGGAGCAAUUCAUUGCUAAAGACAAUAAAAUCAUGUGCUCCAAGUGUACCACCAGGGAGGACUCCCUUCGCUGCAGUGGCUGCUACAAGCAGAUCCAACCAGGAGGACAGAAUGUUGAAUACAAGGGCAGUGCUUGGCAUGAGGAAUGUUUUACCUGCAGUAACUGCAAGCAGGCCAUUGGAGCAGGAAGCUUCUUUCCUAAGGGAACUGAUGUCUACUGCGUUACGUGCCAUGAGCAGAAAUUUGCCAAGCAUUGUGUAAAGUGCAACAAUCCCAUCACUUCUGGUGGCAUAACAUACCAAGACCAGCCCUGGCACGGCGACUGCUUUGUGUGUGAAACGUGCCAUAAGAAGCUCGGUGGCCAGCGCUUCACUGCAGUGGAGGAUCAUUACUACUGCGUGGAUUGCUACAAGUCCUUUGUGGCUAAGAAGUGCACUGGAUGUAACAACCCUAUCACAGGGUUUGGAAAAGGAUCCAGUGUUGUCAACUACGAAGGCAAUACCUGGCACGAAUAUUGUUUCACUUGCAAAAAGUGCUCCCUUAACCUGGCUAACAAGAGAUUUGUGCGCCAAAAUGAGCAGGUUUACUGUCAAGACUGUGCCAAAAAACUGUAAAACUGCUAUGGGAAGUGUUCACAUGAUUCUUUUUGCCAAUAUAAUUCCCAAAUAGAAGGCUUAUCAUACAUUAUACUACUUCUAUGCUACUGUUUUGUAGUGUUUUUCUGUGAUCAGAAAUGUAAAUCUGCAUGGCUUCCUUUAUAUUCCAUUCGAGCGGAUCUAAAUCUCCUAUAUAUAUAUAAAUAUAAAGCAACAAUGAAUGUCUUUAACUGUAGAACCUAAUUCUUAAAACAUAUUUCAAUUGA